ACUUCCGGUGUUCCAGCGGACCAAAAUGGCUGCGCCCCAGCCGCAGGCUUCGGCCGUUUCUUCUGCUGCCGGUGUGUCGGGUCCGAGUUCGGCCGGUGGCCCGGGCCCCCAGCAGCAGCCGCAAUCGACGCAGCUGGUGGGACCUGCCCAGAGCGGGCUGCUGCAGCAGCAGCAGCAGGACUUCGACCCCGUGCAGCGCUACAAGAUGCUCAUCCCGCAGUUGAAGGAGAGUCUCCAGACUUUGAUGAAGGUAGCAGCCCAGAACCUGAUCCAGAACACUAACAUCGACAACGGACAAAAGAGCAGCGAUGGACCCAUACAGCGCUUCGACAAGUGUCUGGAGGAGUUCUACGCGCUCUGUGAUCAGUUGGAGCUCUGCCUGCGCCUGGCCCACGAGUGCCUUUCACAGAGCUGUGACAGCGCCAAGCACUCUCCAACACUGGUACCCACAGCCACCAAGCCAGACGCAGUGCAGCCGGACAGCCUGCCCUACCCACAGUACCUGGCUGUCAUCAAAGCCCAGAUUACCUGUGCCAAAGACAUUCACACUGCCCUGCUGGACUGUGCCAACAAGGUGGAGGCAAGAAAACUGCAAGUUCAAAGCCAUCCUGGGACACAUAGUAAGACUUCAUCCCAGCCAAAAGGAAGAGGUGACCCUUCAACACCUAAACUCAGGGUAAGAUUGAUGACUGGAACUACAUCCCAGAGAGAUACAUCAAAUGGUUCCUGUCACUGGGCACCCACCACAAAUCUUGACCCUUGUUUGUUUCUGGAAACAGUUUGGGGAUUAGUGAUCUUGCAUACAGCUGAAAACACCCUAACCCUGUCCAAGGUAGAACAGGCCAGUUUCCAGCCAGGGACUCUCACUCUGUAUUGGCUGGGAUAUGACAGUCUGUGGCGCCAAGAGGACAGGCACAGCUGGCCCCAGGAGCUGAUGUCAACAGCAUAUGCAGGGAGGUGUGGUACCCAGGAUACAGGGCCUAACUGCUUAAAACCACAGUGUGGGUGACAGGCAGUUUCCACCACCAUACAAGACAGGCACCAAGUCACAGCCAUUAAAUAUACGCCAGCAGCUGGGUGUGGUGGUGCACACCUUUAAACCUAGCGCUCAGGAAGACAGACACAGGCAGAUCGCAGAUUGCUGUGAGAUCCAGGCCAGCCUGGUCUACAAAGCGAGUCCAGGACAGCCCGUGCUACGCAGAGAAGCCCUGUCUCAAAACAACACAUGGCAGCCUUUUGUAGGGCCCUGUUCCGUGAGAGCUGAAAAUCCCUAGAGUGGAACAAAAUGCAGCCUGGUACAUAAACCAGAAUACAAGUUUUGAGGCCAGACAGGGCUGCAGAGUGAGCACCUGUCUCCAAAGAGAAAGAGAGGGCUGCCUGGGCACUGAAGGGGCACAGUGGGUGGCCUCGCUUCUGCCCAGCCAGGGGAGCCACGCUCAGUCCCUGGGACACCCAAGUCCGAAGGACAGGGCUGACUCACACGAGUCCUCUGCUGGCCUACACUCAGAGUACUAGCAGUUGAGAGCCUCAGGCAGGUGACAGAGAAGGAAUUAGGGUCUCAUGGACCCUCCCCCAGCAAAAGUGAGGGAUCCACAGAGCACACGCCUCCCCCUCUCUCUGGCAGCAAGAGUGAAGAGGCUUGGGCAAGGUUCCAGGAGCCCAGGGGAGGAAGCCUGGGUGGGUCAUGAAGGGCCUUGCUGAGGCCUCACCUUUUCCCGGCCUCACAGGCACAGAGGGAGGCUGUGCAGGGCCUUGCACCACGAAGGGCUGUGUUUGAGGAAGAGAAGGCCGCAGAGCCAGCCAGAGUGGCCCCUGCGUGUAAUCUCAGCACCUGAGACACAACAGUAGGCUUGCUGCAAGUUCAAGGCCAGCCUGCUUCACACAGCUACAGGCUGUCCUGUCCAGAAAAGAAACCCAGGGCGGACACGGGCCCAGGCUCCACCCCCAGCAGAGAGAGCACACUGGCCAUCCUCCCACACACUUGGACCCUGCUCCAUGUGCGAGUACCACAAACACCCAAGCAGCCAUCCAACCACGUGACUACCCAGCCUGCAACCACCACUUAAGCCGCUAUCUCUCACCCCAUCAAGACUUUGCCCAUCACCGCUGACUCAGCCCUGCUGCAGAGCGCCCGGGCUCACUGGGGACGGAAGACUGGCUCGUGUAGGUGCGGGAGCGUGCAGGCUGCGCUGCCCACAGAGGCAGGCACGGGAGGGAGCUCACGAGCGGCCUGCCGUCACGCGCCUGGUGCUACGUCAAGCACCAAAGUUCGCUGGUUUCACGGCCUUGUGACUGGUCCACUCAGGCCUUCCACACUGUCAGGACCCACAGACACACACGGAGCACAACAAACAGCUCAGCCGCAGAGAGCCCACACACACCUCCAGGUCCCAUGUGCACACCUGCCAGGACUCCCUCGGUGCCCCCCAGCCCACGGUGGCCCAGUUACACGCAGGCGGGUGGGGUGAAGUGACGGUUCUCAUGAAGCCCCUUCAAAGGCGGCGGCUGCGGCGGUUACAGUUGGCAGCUCUCCAGGGGCCACCUGCAGCACACAGGGCAGGAGGCUUCACCUCCAUUCCCAGGCCCCUGCGCCACCGGAGCCCUGGGCACACUCACGGGCGCGGCCCACACCUGUGUCCCCAGCUGCUUACCGGGAGUUCUAGGACUGACUCCCCAUCACACACACACACACACACACACACACACACACACACACACACACACACACACACACACACACACACGCCUCCCGGCACCCCCGGGGAACACUGCAGUUGGCAGCGGCUGUGGCCCUGCAGCACCCUGCCAAGCCCACACUCGCAGGCAAUCACGACGAGCACGCACGUGCCGCGUGGACGCGGGCCCCGGCCCGCCCCCCGGCUCUCACACCCCCGUGUUUCCCGUCCCCGCUUGUUUUUCUGGAAACUCAGCUCUGGGCUCACCUCCCCCCGCCGCCCGGGCCGGAAGUGCUCGCUGUAUUUUUAGCCUCCCUGGUUUCCGCCCCUUUCGCCUCCCCCAGCCCCCCCCCCCCGUCGCGCGCGCGGACGUGGCCGCGUGCCCGGCGGGCCUCGGCCGUCCCCUUCCCCGCCGUCAUUCCAGAGGGGAUUCCCGGCCGCCGGCCGCGCCGCGGAUUUUCCCCGCUGGCUGCGUGGGGACAGGGAGGGGUCGGCGUGAACUUCCUUCUGGGACUGGGUCCCCGGGCGGGGGCCGGCCGAGAGCCCCGAGUCCGGGGUGCCGGGACGGGCCUGCACCCCCCGGCGGGGAGUGGCCUGGGCCCGAGGCCCCGGUGUGAGCGGCGCCGGCUGAGCCCUGCACCCCGUGGGGUAGACGGUGGCGUCUCCCUGAGGCCUGCGGCCCGGCGGCGUCCGGGACCGGAGGGGCCUCCGCGCUCACGUCCCCCGGCUGAGCCCCGGGCCCGCCCAGCCCCCUCCCCGGCGCUCGGCCCCAGCCCGGUGACUCAGCAGAUCGAGGAGGGGGCCGGGCUGAGUCAGGCUGGCAGAGGCCCGGGUCUCCGGGGAAUCGAAACCGGAGCCCCUCCUCCGCGCCCCGUCCAGCCGCCUGACCCCCGCCCGGCGCGCGCCCCCCGCGGUCGCCCCGGAGCUGCUGCUCAGGGAGCUGCGCACGGGGCGGGGGGGGGAGGUUUUGGGGCGCCUCCUCCCCGUCCCUUCCCGUUGUCCCCGAGACUGUUUACAACAGACGGCAGCCCUGGUUACAGGAGAGGAACCCAAGCGUCCGGGCUGAGCGUCACGGCUUCCAGGAAGCCCCCCCGCCCCGCCCUAGCGAGUGAGUCACGGGCGAGCGGGAGGCCGCAACCGUGCCACCACAGCCUACGGCCUGCCCAGCUCACGGGACCGGCCCGGGAGGGCCCUGGCCCCAGAAGGCGCCGCAGCAGGGGUUCCCCCUGCGCGCCCGCUCCGACGAGGGAUGAGGCGGGCCGGGAGCUGCCCGGUAGCCUCUCCCCGCCUCGGUACCCGCGCGCGCCGCGCCGUGCGCGAGGUCCCCAGCAUCGGAGUUACACCCCUGCCCACCAGAGCCCCCCACGCACACUCUUCCACGGGGGAUACCCUUCAAGUAACACUUCUCCCUCGGGCGUGGCGGCCCUGCUUCUCUCUAGUCCUAACUCCUGGGUGGUGAGGACUGGAGAAUGGCGAGUUCCAGGCCAGCCAGGACACCCGGCUGGAACGCAGAAACCUUCCAGAUGUGCUUGCUCUUGCGUUCCCAGAGGCCCACUCGGCGUUCAGGUGGCCUUUCAGACGCGAGCUUUCAUCCUAAUAAAAGACUCGGGCUA